CGGGCUGCAAUCCGAUUACACUAUCGAUAGGCUGGAACCUUCCAACCUACACAUUUCCAGCGGUUGUGAAAUUCAAAUAAAGUUAACUGGAGUCGCGCUCGGCUGGUGUUAAUUAAACUGUUAAUUUGUUAUUCUAUACAAAUACUAUGCAUAUAAUAUGUAUAUAUGUAUAUUAAUAAAUAUGUAAGAUCGUUUUACACUGCAUAUUUUCCUAUAAAAACGAAGGCCAGAACCACAAGCAGCAUAGUUAUACUUUCUACUGAGCAAAAUGCAUUCGUUUUUAAUUGCAGCUGUAGCUUUCCUGAGCUACACCUGUGGCGCCCCAGCGGAUUCAGGAGCUCUCACUUUGAACGAGUCAAAUCCAGAGGAUUCCGAUGAGUCCGUAGAGACCUCUCCACCGAUCGACUGGAGCAGUGGGUAUUGGAUAACGACCACACCGCUGCCGCCGAUCGCCAACUUGCCCGAUGCGGACAAGGCGUCCUUGUGCGAAUUUCUGGGUUCCUUCGAGGCAUUUAGAAUGCAGCACUUCGCGGUUAUCUGGGCCGCUAACAUGGAGUUCCUGUCCAACGCGGAGAAGCACUUCGCCAAAGAACUUCAAGAGGAAAUGGACAAGCUGCGCAACUCACCCGCGGACCGCAAGUACAUGGAAAUGGACCCAACGCAAGCGAACGCUAUAGUUCGAAACGCAACUGCCUACAAGGAGUUCGUCAAGGAUAAUGUCGUCAAGGAGAACACGCUUAAAAUGAUGAACAAAAUAUUCGAAGGAUUACAAGCUAUCCACAAGGAAAUCAUGGUCGCUUUGAGCAAAGCUAAGAACAGCAUUAGCAAGGAAACCGCGGAAUCCGAAAAGAAAUUCUUCGAGUCAUUUGAAAAUUUGAAGGAGCCCAAUAAUGAUGACAUACUAGAUCUUUUGAAUGAUCUGGAAAGAAAGCUUAAACAUAGAUAUCAGUGUUCUAAGUCACUGAUAUUACGAAAGCUUUUUUAGAUAUCUGCCUAGCAUCACUACAAUUUAACCUUAAUAAAGAUCAAUUUCCUGUAUGCAAACAUAAUAACAUACUAGCAUCUGAUAAACAUAAAACAAUAGUCCAAAGUGAAUUGCUUUGAACUGCAAUAAACAAUAGACCAUCCACGAUGGCUAACACCUUUUGUGUGUAGACAAAUGUGAGACCCUCAAA